AUGGAUCUCUUUGAUGCAAGAGACAAAGCUGGUUUGACCGCGUUCUUGCAACUUGGUCGGAGUGACUUGGAGACCUUGUGCAACGUACUUCAUGCUGUGUCCUCUGGCAACGUAGUCGUGAUCAUUUCGAGCAUCGGAUCGUCGAUUUGGCACUUUGCCAGACCUUUUGCAGGCAUCGAACUCGGCCUCGACCGAUUUCUAUUCAUCCCUUGUGGCAUCACUGCUCGUCCCUACUUUUGUUCCGGCUUCUGGUACGUCUGA